UUUUGUAGAUACUUAACACAAAUUCUCUUUUUAAAACAGAAAUGCUGGCUUAGGUGUAUGUUCAAUGACUUGCAGAUUUGGUGGUAUUUUGGCUCCAUUUGUCCCUUCCCUGGUAAGUAAUACAACUUUACUUCCCUCUAUUGUAUUGCAUUACACACACGAUAUUUAACAUUAAAUGAAGCAGGGAUACAUAUGCUAUAGUUAUACAUGGCCAUAGCUGAUGUGACCAUACUCUUGCACUUUCCUAGUAAAUGGUAGGUUGCCUUCUGUGGACUGAAAAUAUUUUAGCACAGUCCAUUUUCUUCAGCAGAAGUAGAAUAGAACUGUCUUCAACAACAGUACAUCAACAGCACAUCAAAAAAGUAUUGAGUUGUAUCCAACUAAGUUAUACACACUGUAGAUCAGUUGAAAUUAAGAAACCGUGUUAACCACAGCUGUAAAUUUUAGUAGGUCUACUCUGAGUAGGACUAGCAUUGGAUACAACCCAUUGAUAACAGGACUUAAAGUGAGCUGUCAUUGAAUUAUUAUUAUUAUUACUGUAUAACCUAUGGGGAUCUGUAUAUAUACAAUUAUAUUUUUUUCAAAUGACUGUCUUGGGAAUAUGCAUAUGAACUGAGUGGGUAAUAGAUUUGUUGGUAUUUGUUCUUCACUAACUUGUGUAAGUGUAUGUGUGUCAAUUAUGAAUUUAUUACUAAUUUCUUCUAGAAAUCCCUUGGCCCAUCUGUACCAUUUGUGGUCUUUGGAAUCAGUGGAUUGUCAGCUGGUUUCCUUACUCUUCUACUACCAGAAACUGUGAAUAAACCCAUUGCAGAGACCAUUGAUGAUUUGCAGACGCCUACCUACCAAAUACUUAAAAACAAAAAGGCAGAGUAAAAAUGAUUUUUUAAAAUUUUUUUUGAAGUAACCUCUGUCCCUACUAGAAUCUAGGAAGUCUCUAAUUUAUUUGAAAUCUGAGAGUAUUCCCCCCCCUUUCUCCUUAUUUCUCAAAUGUACAUACUUAAUAUCUUUUUCAAUGUCUAAUGAAAAAGAAUUCUCCAAAAGUUGGAUGUAAUCUGUUUUUUAUUUGUAUAUAGGAAAUGAUGUUCUUAGCAGAGUUUCUGUGUUAUCUCAUUCACUCGUCUCCUUGCUUGCUUUUACUUAGUCAUGCUGUUACUGAUUGGCUAUUUAAUGUGUGGUAUCAGGAAGAGCUCUUGGUUUCAUAUUUCUCAUUCCAUCAUUAUGGAAGCCAUCUGGAAUAUUUUCCUGUAGCAACAGACAUAUGGCAAAUAAAACUUUGGAAAUGGUGAAGUUUCUUAGUUUUGUCUGUUUUAGUGGUUGUCAUGGAUAAGUUUCAGCAAAAUUGCCACUUUAAAAAGAAAUGUAAUUCUGAUCCCAUAAUAGCAGUGGCAUUUGGGAAUUACAGCUAUUUAAUGUAAACUCUUUAAAUCUAUAGAACAUUUCAAAGUAUUCAGUUAAGGUUUUCAGAUGAGAGAAAAGUUUGUCAUUUCAGAGGAAAUGAACAUUUUUGUGAAGAUAUUUUAAAAUUAUUUGGUUGAUGUAAAAUAUACAGUUGCUAAUUUUUAAAGAACAUGCAUUGAACAAGUAAAUUAUUUCUAUUUGACAUAUGUAGCUAUUAGCUGUGGCAAAAUUUGUCAGGUAACUUUUUCAGUACAGUCGUACCUUGGAAGUCAAACGGAAUCCAUUCCAGAAGACUGUUCGACUUCCAAAACGUUUGGAAACCAAAGCAUGGCUUCUGGUUGGCAGCACGAAGCUGCUGCAGCCAAUCGGAAGCCGCGUAAGCUGUGCCAGAUGUUUGGAUUCCAAAGAACAGUCUCAAACUGGAACAAUCACUUUUGGGUUUGCGGCGUUCGGGAGCCGAAAUGUUUGACUUGCAAGGUGUUCGGGAUCCAAGGUACAACUGUAUUUAAAUGCUCAUGUAACUGAAACACUUGAAAUAGUUAGAUUCAAUUGAAAUUUUGUUGGAGCAUUUAGCAUAUUAUUUUUUGCAAAGGCAUUUGUAAAAAACACAAUUAAAAAUCACUUUACGUAGCCCUAUAGAAGCAGAAGGACGUGGGUGGCGCUGUGGGUUAAACCACAGAGCCUAGGACUUGCCGAUCAGAAGGUUGGCGGUUCGAAUCCCCGCAAUGCGGUGAGCUCCCAUUGCUCAGUCCCUGCUCCUGCCAACCUAGCAGUUUGAAAGCACGUCAAAGUGCAAGUAGAUAAAUAGGUAUCGCUCCAGCGGGACGGUAAAUGGCGUUUUGUUCACUGCUCUGGUUUGCCAGAAGCGACUUAGUCAUGCUGGCCACAUGUCCUGUACCAGAAGCUGUACACAUGUCCUGUACCAGAAGCUGUACGCCGGCUCCCUCGGCCAAUAAAGUGAGAUGAGCGCCGCGGCUUCCAGCUGUACAGGAUUUAAAGUUAUGGAUAGAUUAAGAUUAAGGAUUAGGAUUAAAAAAGUUUAAAGAAAUGGAAAUUUGGUUUUUAAAAGGUAAAAUUUUAAUGUUAUAUUAUAUUAAGAGUAAAGAUUGGGAUUUAAAAAGAGGGAAAGAAAUUGCUGGAUAAACAAUUUUGAACUGGAAUACAAAAGAGGGAGGUACGAGGAGGUCCAGAAAAUAAGUAAACUUAAAAAUGGAGAUGAAAAGAUGAUAUUGUUUUUAAUUGUUCUAUUUUCUUUUUUGUCUUUUUUUUUGUUCCUUUUUUCCCCUUCUUUUGGAUUAUGUAUUGUGUAUUUUUGAAUUGUGUAUUUCUUUUUUAUGUUUUAUGUUUAAUCUUUUAUUGAAACUUAAAUAAAUAUCAUUUUAAAAAAAAUAAUAAAGCGAGAUGAGCGCUGCAACCCCAGAGUCGGCCACGACUGGACCUAAUGGUCAGGGGUCCCUUUACCUUUUUAUAGAAGCAGAGUUAUUUAUAAUUUGUCACACUGCUUCAAUUGUUCUAGGACAACAUAACCAAUGGGAAACAUGCUUUGCUCUCUGCCGUGUUAUCUAUCAGGGCUACUGGAUUCUGUGUGUAAUGACCUCUUGAAGGCAGGAGACCUACCAAUAUAGAUAAUAUUGCUGAGAUUCAAGAUUUGGUACCGUAAUUUUCUUGUUUUUCUCUUCUCACCCCUUUCCUUUUGUGUCUUGCUAAGAUUGUGAGCCUUCAGGCAGAUACUGUUUUCUCUUUUAAUCCCUGUAUAGUGCUUAGAAAAUAUUAGGUAUUAUAUGUGAUUAAUAAUAAUAGUGACUAAUAAUAAUAGUAGAUAACAGUAGAAAAAACAACAACACAUUCUAAUAAUUUAUUUUCCAUCUGCUUAACAGGUAAAUCAGUUAGAAGAAAGCAAUUAGUGUGCAAAAACCAUAUCUUGGUUGAAAAUGACAACAGUACUUCCACUGUUGAGGUGUGGUGCCAUCAAGAUUCAACUCUAAAAGUAUUUUGGGAACCCCAGUAUGCUCAAUAAUGUGAACUUAAAUUGUGAAUGGCGGGAAGGGGUUAUACAAACUCAUGAGGAACAAUGAAGGAGUGAAAUAUCUAUCUUAAACUGCCACACUCUAUAAACGUUCUAGGACAUUCAGAAUUACCUGGUGAUUUAUGUCUUUGGUAACAAAAGGACCAGCCCUAUAUUGAUUAGAUGACUUAACUGUGUAGGUGUUAAAUUAUACUGAGGAUUUUUACAGUAAUCCUAAACAUGCAAGCAAGAGGAAGGUACCGUAUUUAAUUGGUGCAUCUGGCUUAUUUAAAUAGGCUCAGGAUAUCCUUAGCACAGUCUUCUUAAGCACCUUCAGAAUGGAGGGUUACAUGUCAGCCAGGAAUAUUUAGGCAUUGUUACUUUUUACACUCUUCAUGAUGCCAAUAUUUUUGUAUUUAUGUUUUAAGAUGAAUGUUCCACAAUAUUUAUAAAGACCAAAGAUGCCUUUUGUUACUGUUUCAAACUGUCGCUGCAAUAUGACUUGUCUGUAGUAAGAAUUAAAUUUACUGCAGUACAAACCUGCUGUUAGAAACAGUUAAGUGAUCAAUUAGGAAAUGCAGGAUUUGUGUGAAGCAAGUUAUCAAUGACUUUCCAUGUAUCAUGGCAGAAAGUGUUAUAUAUGAUUAUGGAUUGGAUACAAAUGUGCCCAUCCAUCUGCAGAAAGAUUCUUCCACUCAGAAGGGCUGUUAUAUAGCCCACAUCAGUGGCGUAAAGUAUAAAAGUGAAAGUAAAUCCAAAACUGUUCAUCUUUUUGCACAAGAGCUUUUUGCAUAAUCAUGAGAAACACCAUAGACUGGGCAUAGGCAAACUCGGCCCUCCAGAUGUUUUGGGACUGCAACUCCCAUCAUCCCUAGCUUACAGGACCAGUGGUCAGGGAUGAUGGGAGUUGUAGUCCCAAAACAUCUGGAGGGCCGAGUUUGCCUAUGCCUGCCAUAGACCCUCCCUACUACACUAUAGCAUUGCAAUGAGCUGCAAGCCCUUUGCGAUAUUGCAUUGCCACUUCUUUUCCUUACGGUUCUUUGAAUCCAAUCCUAACAAGAGUUUUC